CUCGGACGUCAGACUCUAAGUCUACAGGAGUGUGAAUUUGUUGGCUAUCAUCUUGACUUCGAUGGCCUAUCGCUUAUAGCCUGCCUCAAUUACUUGCGUGAGCUCAACAUUAUAUCCUUCUAUGAUAUCCUUCCCGAUGUUAUUUUUGGUAGCUGUCAAGUCAUCCUAGAUAAAAUUACGGAGAUCAUUAGGUACAGCCUCGAGUUGAAGAAAGGAAAUCACCCCCUUAAAGGAGCAGAUCGAAAUUUCAACCAACAAGGCAUCCUUUCGUUCGAUAUACUAAAGUCAAAAGCCUGCUCUAAGCACUAUAACAAGUACUUCACACAAGAAUGCCUACUAAAAAUUCUCCAGUCGCUUUACAUUAUCACCAAAGUUGGGGAGGGGAAAUACCUCAUGCCUUGUGUUCUUGAGGUAAGCGACAUAUACCCACCGAAUCCUCCUACAAACAGCAACGUCCGAUCUUCCUUUGUCCUCCACUUCUCAAAGAAGAGCCCAAUGCUUGGAAUCUACUGCUGCACCAUCUCUUACCUUUUGACCAAAGCCAGUUGGAAGCUUUUGAGCAAGGGUGGAGAGGUAGUUCAGGUAGCUAGGAACAGCAUCAGUUUUCAGCUUCCUCAGGAACUUCCAGGACAACUGACUUUCCUCGAUCCCCUCUCCUCAUACCUGGAAGUUGUAGUCGAGUUUCCAGCUGUUGUUACAACUAAGCAUCGCACUCUCCUCUAUCGGGAAAUCCGUGAGACUUUUUUCGUAGCAAUAAAACAAGCAAUGCAAAACCUUCACUAUGAUGUUAGAACGCCCGAAUUGUCCUUUCUCUGCCCCGUGCAAAGCUCUCGAUGCUCCACCUUGCCCCAUUUCGCCAGAGCCAAUUUGACUCACAGUUUUCUCACAUGCUCCAUUAGUCCAGACAGUGUGACUAGUCCUAUAACUCCCGACCAGGAAAUCUGGCUCACCACUCCUGCAGAAGGUCCUGAAAAGGAGACAAAACCAAGACGACAGAAAAAAGCCACCGCAGCUCCUCCUAUAUCAAUCUCAUGCGAAAGGCCAACACUGCCGGAGUUGAUCAAGAUGAAGUUGCCAUCACGAAUUGGACCUAAGCUACAAACAUUCAGCACACUCCUUCUCCAAGAUGAAUUUGGAGACAUAGUGGCCAACAUUGUUGAAGAUUGCCGCGGAAAGACAGAAAAAGUCAUAAUGGAGAUUCUGAGGGCGUGGCUGGCAGGGAAGGGGGUGGAGGUGUCGUGGGAGAGCCUCAUAGCAACUCUGAGAGACUGCGAACUUUCACUUAUGGCCGACCAGAUACAGAUGGCACUGGAUCAACUACGAUCUUGAUGCAUUGUGCUCCUAAAUUUUCAUGUUGACAAUGUAUUAUGUUUUUGUAAAUCAUUAUUUUUUUAUUUGUAAUGGAAUUUUUUGUAUCAUUCUUUAUUUUUUUGUAUCAUCUUUUUUGACAUGGUAGGCUCUGGUCUGACAUGAAACCCACAUCAGUGUGUGAUAUGCUUGUACAUGGAUUUUUUAAUUUUUUACUCCGCGCACAUUCCAAGUAAAUAUCCGAUCGUGAUGCUGAGAGCUACAGUACAGCUGGUGUUUGUUUUCACUGUGUGUCAUUAUCUAUUAUACCACACAGUAAAUCCCUCAUCUGUGGUGCCACUGCUGUUUAUAUCACAUUAUUAGGGCAGAUAACGAGAG